CAGGAACAUCCAAAGGUCUUUUUCUUCGUUCCGUCGUUUUCGUCUUCAAGUCUCAAGACGCUGAUCUCCAUUCAUUUUUGAUCGUCGUUCGUUUUGAAUUUUCUUGGCCUGUUUUCUAGCUCAGGCCUCUCCAUCAAGGCAAUUGUCUUAUAUCAUAAUUAGGCUCUCUUUAAAUUCUUGCUGUUGGCGUCAGCAAGAGACCCAUAAUGGUUUCAAUGCGCUGCAGAUAUCGCCACAGCUUACUCAUAUCAUGUCUAACUUUCGCCACUCUCGCAAGCACACUGCUACAAGGAGCUAUGGCACAGACCUCGUACUCGAUGGCUACUCAUCAACUUCAACAUCUCCAAGAUCCCAAUGUCGUUGUCACAAACACAAACGGGACCGUCGUGGUUUACAGCCCACUCACCGGGAAUGAGAUUCCUCAAGGACUCGCAACAGAUGGCAGCGGUAGUGGAUUCUCACUGCCGGCUAUCUUGUGGAUUACAUUCUCAUUCACGGUUGGCGUUCCACUUAUGUUGGCCGGAUUUCGUGGCUGGCGUCUCACCACCGGUGCGGCCAUAGGCCUAUCUGUGGCUGUAACAUCAUGGUCUGUUUUUGUUAAUACAUUAGACAAUGUUGGUAUUUCCGACAUUACCUUGACAGCUCUAGUUCUUGUACUAUUUUGUUUGGGUUUCAUCUUUGGGCUCUUAGAAGUGGGUCGUAUGGUAGGGCUCCUCCAGCUAGGCAUACAGGGUGGUCUCGCCAUCGGGAUACGGAUAGUAUUGCUACGUAGCCUUCUAUUGGUACCCGAGCCUGCUGCGUUCUUCGUCAAUUGGCUACUCAUAGCAUUUUGCGGUUUCGCAAGUGCAGUACUCGUCAUUUGGAAACAGCGAGCUGGACUGCUUCUAGGAUCGGCGUCUGUUGGUACUUUCUUAUGCGUUCUAGGGACCGACUUGGCUGUUAAUAAGCAAUCUGGCAUGAGUCGGGGCCUCAGAUAUUUGAUUGACAGAAACAGUUAUCACGUCGUGGACACUACAAGUAAUGGAUACUUUCCGCCCACGAGUACAUUGAUUAUGAUAGCACUCUCCAUUGCAUUGACACCUGCAUUCGCAUACGCCCAACAUAAGUUGUUUAAGGGUCCUUUCUGCCCAGCUCACGAUGACGAUAUCGAGUCCCUUCACGCACCAAACGAGCUUUCAGCUGAUGAAGAACUUAAAGCAUCAGGCGAGGAGACACCGCGAACUAGUCCACCAAAUACGUCGCCUGUGUCGACUUUGUCACAGUCGAUGCCUUUGCUGAAAGAUCGUUGCCCGACGCCUGCUACCACGGAGAAAGUACGAACGGCCGAAGGUAAGGCGUUCGUGAACGACAGUUAACGUUCAUUAUAGCACACAUUCUUGGGUCUUCAAGUUACACUUCAAUGAUUACCUAAAUACCUUAGUAGUCGCAUUUCAUUCCACUGCAUUUCUUGUCGCUCUCCAUUAGAUACCUUGGCACACGCGGAACUAAAAUACACUCUCAUUUGUUUCAAAGAACCUGCCAUUUCACUCAUCUGAGUGACUGAGUCGGCAGUUCCGAGUCCGAGUCGUUUGGUCGUUUCAACUUGUUUGUCGACUUGAGCUGAUAUUG